AUGCUGGCCUUCGCGUCGCUCGUCAUGACGGCGUGGGUCUUCUCCAGGGAGCGCGGCGUAAGGCCGUUCCCAAGUUUGCCGGCGGACCUCGGGGCCGGGUCCCGGGCGGCCCUGCCCGGCAAGGCCGCGGACGCGGUGCCCUUUGGGCGCUCCGGGCUCACGGCGCUGCUGCUGGCCUGCUGCUCCCCUGCGCUCGGCGCGAGGCCGUGGUGCGCCUGGCUCCUGGCGGCCAGCUGCGGCGCGCUGCUCGCCCUGCGGGGGGGCCGCCUGCUGUCGUGGCCCGUGGCGUUCUGCGCGGGCGCGCCGCACGCGCUGGAGAUGGACGCGGCCUGGUGGCUGAAGGAGCCCAGGAGAGCGUGGCGCUGGUGGCUCCUCGACGGCCUGCCCUCGGCGCCUCGGCUCUUCCAGCAGGCGCUGCGCGAGGCGCCGCACCUGGAGCCCCUGCGCCGGGCCGGGCUGCUCGCCCCGCAGGGCGCGGGCGGCCAGGCCGCCCCGCGCGAGCAGCCGCCGUUGGACCUCCGCUAUGGGCUCGAGGUGUGGAGCCCGCGGGAGCAGGCGUGGCUGCGGGCGCGCGUCGCGAAGGAGAGCGGCAACUGGGUCACGGUCAGGUACCGCCUGUCAGAUGGACAGGAGGUGGAGCAGGAGCUCCACAGGGACAACAAGCAGCUGCGUACCAUCGGCCGCGCCAAGCGGCUCCUGCUGGCGGCGCUGACCAGGCUCUGCGACCUCGUCCUGCCAGAAGCCGGCCCGGCGCCGGGCGGCGACCAGGGCAGCGGCAGCACCGAGGGCUCUUGGGAGUGCCGCGCCUGCGGCUCCAUCACCUGGAACGCGCUGCCAGCCUGCCAGGGGUGCGGCGCGGUACGAAGCGCGGCGGUGCUCUUCCCCGAACGC